AAUUCGUGCUCACCAUCUGUUUGUUCCUUGGCCCCCACACACCACACCAGGCACAGAAUUCUCUCCCUCUUCUUUUUCUUGAUGUCCCGGCGUGCUUACGUGAACCUCAACUAACUUUUUUUCGAUUCGAUCGGAACUAGAAAAUUCAUAUUAUUUGCUUGCCGCGUAAUUCCAAUAAUCAAAUUCUAAUCGGUUGCGCGGAAAAAAACCUCAUCAACCAACCGGAUCAGACUAAAACACUUGGUGUGUGCAGGGUUGGUUCAGAGGCUACGCAGUAUAUACAGAUAUAUAUAUACGCAUAUACAUGCUCGCCGGCGAUGCCAAUGCCGGUAAGCACAGCCAGGCAAUGCUUAACCGACGAGGCCGCGCGUGCCCUCGACGACGCCGUCUCCGUCGCCCGCCGCCGCAGCCACUCCCAGACCACCUCGCUCCACGCCGUCUCCGCCCUCCUCUCCCCGCCGUCGUCGGCCCUCCGCGACGCCUGCGCGCGCUCUCGGAGCUCGUCCUACUCGCCGCGGCUCCAGUUCCGCGCCCUGGAGCUCUCCGUCGGCGUCUCCCUCGACCGCCUGCCGACGGCGAAGGGCGUCGACGAUCCUCCCGUCUCGAACUCCCUCAUGGCGGCGAUUAAACGGUCGCAAGCGAAUCAGAGACGCCACCCCGAGACGUUCCACUUGUACCAACAGCAGGUACAGCAUCACCAAAGCGGCCAAUCUUCGAUUUCGUGGGUGAAGGUUGAGCUGAAGCACUUUCUCUUAUCCAUUCUGGACGACCCGAUAGUGAGUCGGGUUUUCGGCGACGCGGGUUUCCGGAGCACCGAAAUCAAGCUGGCCAUCCUCCAACCUCCUCCCAUGAUAUCCAAAUUCCCCCUGUCUCGUUGCCCGCCUCUGUUUAAUUUCAGCUUCCCUUUCGCGGGGUUCGAGGACGGGGACGAGAACCGGAGGAGAAUCGGAGAGGUUCUGACGAAGAAGGGGAAAAAAAAGAACCCGUUACUGAUCGGGGUUUGUGCUAACGGCGCGCUUAGUAGUUUCAAAGAGUGGAUAGGGAAGGGGAAAACCAGUCUAUUACCGGCCGAGAUUGAUGGAUUGGGUUUGGUUUGUAUGGAGAAGGAGGUGUCCGGUGGGAGUAAGGAAAUGGUGGAUUUGAAGUUGAAACAGGUGGGUGAUUUGGUAGAGAAUGGUACUGGGCCUGGUGUUUUGGUAAAUAUAGGGGAAUUGAGGGGUUUGAUUGGGGAUGGAGGUCCGGUUGAUAAUGGCAAGUAUGUGGUGUCGACGUUGAGUGUGCUGUUGGAGGUUCAUGGGGGGAAGUUGUGGUUGAUUGGGGCUGUAGAGAGUUAUGAGACAUAUACGAAGAUCUUGGGUCAGUUUCCUGACAUAGAGAAAGAUUGGAAUCUGCAGUUGUUACCCAUCACCAGUUCAAAGCCUUCCAGUGGAGGAUUGUGUUCAAAACCCAGCUUGAUGGGGUCAUUUGUUCCAUUUGGUGGCUUCUUUCCUAGUCCAUCUGAGAUCCAAAAUCUGUUAAGUAGCACAAAUCAGUCCACCCGGUGUUAUCUCUGCAACGAGAAGUAUGAGCAAGAAGCUUCUGUUAUAUUGAAGGGAGGACCUACUGCUUCAGUUGCUGAUCAGUUCUCAGCAACUGUCUCUCCUUGGUUACAGUCUGAUACGGCUGAAUGUGAGGCAAGCAAGAGAAUAGAUAUUGUAAAGGCCAAAGAUGAUGGGGGUGUGUUGAAUGCAAAACUCAUGGGUCUACAGAGGAAAUGGAACGAUAUCUGCCAACGUCUCCAUCCCAUUAGGCAGCCAUUCAGUUCAGAUGUUUCACAAAACAGGUCCCAAACUCCACGUUUGGAGGAAUUUCAUUUUGCUGCAGAGAAGAACAGAAGUAGCAGUAAAGAUUCGUCCCUGAAUGGAAGUGGAUCCUCCAACCUGAUUUCUUCCACACCAAAGGACCUCAGAAAGGUUUCUCCCGCAAAACAGUCCGUACGAUCUCCAGUGGCUUCCGAAGAUGAAAAUACCAGUUUCCAACCCAGACUACCGGUAGAACCUUCAAUUGCUAAUGUCACCACUGAUUUGGGGUUGGGAACACUUUAUUCAGUUUCUGGUCGAGAAGCUGGAAAUCUCCAAUUCGAGGACCGCAGGAGUCGUCUUCACUGCCCCACAGGUUCUGUUCCUGCUGAGUCUACUGGGGUGAGUGAGAUUGCUUCAUAUAAGAUUGCCCCUCCUUCAUUGGGAGGAGAGGUGCAUUCGAAAGAUUUCAAGGCCCUUUGGAGAACAUUGACUGAAAAGGUUGGGCGGCAAGGUGAAGCUAUUUGUACUGUUAGUCAAACUGUAUCACGUUGCAGAACUGGAAAUGGAAGGCUUCGUGGCUCAAAUCACAGAGGUGACAUUUGGCUUAGCUUUGUUGGAGAUGACAAGGUGGGAAAGAAGAGAACUGCUGUAGCUCUUGCUGAGAUAAUCUUUGGCAGUAGGGAAAGUUUGAUCUCUGUGGAUCUAAGCUCUGAGUAUGGGAUGAGUUAUUCAAACUCCAUCUUUGACCCCUGGGAUUUCAAAAGAUGCGAUGUAAGGUUUAGGGGAAAGACUGUUGCUGAUUUUAUAGCUGAGGGGUUGAGUAGAAAACCGCAGUCAGUUGUGUUCCUUGAAAAUGUGGACAAGGCCGAUUUCCUGGCUCAGACUAGCUUGGCUCAGGCUAUCGGAACUGGUAGAUUUCCUGAUUCACAUGGGAGAGAAAUCAGCAUCAAUAAUGCUAUCUUUGUGACUACAGCAAAUCCAAGAAAGAAUACGAAAGAAAUCAUUUCUGGAAAAGAUGUUCGAUUCUCUGAGGAAAGAAUACUAGGAGCCAAGCGCUUGCAAAUGCAAGUUUUAGUUGGAUGUGUAGCUGGCAAUGUUGCUAAAACCAAAGGGAUGAACAUAUCAAUUAUGCAGAGGAAAGAAACCUCAAAGGCAGUUUCUGUGAACAAAAGGAAGCUGAUUGACAUGAAUAAGUCAGCAGAGCAGGACAGGACCUUGGGUAUUACAAAACGGGCGCACAUGGCAUCAAAAUCGUGCCUGGAUUUGAAUCUGCCUGUAGUAGAGGAGGAGGAGGAGGAGGAGGAGGAGGAGGAAGAAAAUAAUGACUACAGAAACUCUGACAGCGACUCCAACUCAGAAAAGUCAGAUGUUUGGUUAGAAGAUUUCUGUAGUCAAGUGGACGAAAAGGUGGUUUUCGAUCCCUUUGAUUUCGAUGCACUUGCAGAUGAACUCCUAAAAGAAAUCAACCGAGUUUUCAAAAGUACGGUUGGGCACGAGGCGAUGCUGCAGAUUGAUGAAGAAGUUAUGGUGUCAAUACUUGCAGCAGCUUGGUUAUCAGAAAGGAAGAGAGCAGUUGAGGAUUGGGUCGAACAGGUACUUGGUAGGUGCUUUGCAGAAUCUCAAGAGAGGUACCAUCUCACUUCUCAGAAUGUUUUGAAAUUGGUUGCUUGUGAAGGCCUUUUUGUGGAAGAGCAAGCUCCUGAAGUUUGCCUUCCCACUAGAAUUAUUCUGAAAUAGAAAUAGUUUCCUUUCUUUUGCCAUUGUUGACAUAUGCUUUGUAAUUAUCAUAUGUAAAGUUGUAGCAUCCGAAAAGAGCCUUCUUCGGCCAGGGAGUCUGAUAGUUGUGCUGGAUCUUCUCCAGGAAAUUUUUGUGUUGUAUAAACUGCGGUUGUAUAAUCGGUAAUGUUCUUUAGUUCAUCUA